AUGAAGAUUCAGCUGAUCUUUUCUCAUCGACAGCCAAAAAAUCCUAACCUUAAAUGUGCAUACGACGACCACGAAGACGCUCGAGUCACUCAAAUUGCUGUCAGUCCUGAGUCUUCCGUACAAUUUUCCCUCGUCGGAUUGGCAAUGAGUUCUGGACAUGUAUUCGUGCAUCGACUCAGCGACGGCCAGUCCUUGUUUACAUGUCCCCGUCUACCAUCGAGUCUGAUCGAUGGCCGGCUCUGUCCCCGGAUCGUCGUUCUACAAUUCCUUUAUCCUCACCACAUCCUACCUGAAUCAAACAUCCAAGAGAAUAAAGGCCAGAGACAGCGCCUUAGCAUUCUCUACACGAAUGGCCGCCUCAAAGAAUGGACGUUCCCAAUGUAUCCUAUAGAGUCCGCAGCUAAUAACAAUGCUAUAGAUGCUACGGUCGAAACAUCGCCUCCCUUGACAAAAUCCAGCAAGAAGUCACGCCACACACCUGCAACCACUGACCAACUACAUGAGUCUGACACAGACGGCAUGAACAUUGAGAACAUCGGCUUACCCGAGAUAAAUUCAUGGCUGGAGGACUUCUUUAAUCAACAAUCAAAAUAUUGGCACCGCAUAGGUACACUCCAUUCUAUGGCUUAUCUUUCCGACAGCAGCUGGCUUCUAGCCACCGAAAGUCGCAUCUUUAUAUUACGAAUGGACCAGCCCUAUUUUGAAGAUACCGUCGCGCUUGCUCUUGGAAGAAAGAAGUCCAAUACUCGAUCAAAUGACUCCUUAAAAAUGGUCAUCCACCACUCAGGCAUUAUACAAUGUGAUGUGAUAUCACCCGGAGAAAUAGCGGUUGUGCGUGUCGAACCCGGCAGUGUGCUGUCCAAAUUACCUCCUCCUCUGUAUAAAAAGCGAUUUGGAUUUUGA